CAUCAAUCAUACUACAAGAAAAUACAGAUUGAUAUUUCUGAUAGAUAGUAGUUAGUUAGAUCAUUCAUUCUCAAUUUCAAUCAUAAAUGAAUCAAAAUGUCCUCGGCUGCAACAUCUUCGACGUCGUCAAUUCCGGCUGAUCCCUCCGCGGCGACAGGAGCAGGAGAAAGUGACAACUCUACGAACACUCGUCCAGGAAAUUCGUCAUCUUCGAACGCGCAGCUCCGAGACGAACUGACGGAUCCCAUUACGCUAGAACUGUUGAAAGACCCAGUCACUUUGCCGUGCUGCGGGAAGGCUUUCUCCAGAAGCAGCAUCGUCAACGUGUACACGAAAGCGAAAAGGAGAGCUUCGCGACCAAAUGCAGCUGGCAAUUAUGAUGUUGACUCGGACUCGGACACCUCUGACGAUAAUGAGGUCGGUGGAGGUGGAGGAACUUCUGGAAAUAAUGAUCAGCAUGGACCACGAGGAGGUGGAACUUCUGGAGAUGACGAAGAUGGAGAAGUGGAGGAUACAAGCAAGUUCAGGUGUCCCUCUUGUCGUGGACUUCUGGGAAGGAAUUUAGCCGACGGCUCAGGCCAUAACUGGAAUCCUCUUCUGGCGGCAAAAAACGUUACGAUCGCGGCUCUAGUGGAUAUGUUCAUUAAAAAAACCGGAGAGGUUUUGGAAGACUCGGAGUCCGACGAUCAGGUGGAAGACAGACGUACUACGCCAGGAGCUGUGCCAGCUGUAAAUGUCAUGGCCUGGACAUCGCAUUUUACUCCAGUUCUGAGCAGCAGACGCGCAGGAGACAUGCAGAAGCUGGGAUCAUCUGCGACCACGUUAGAAGGUCCUCCGGCAUCAUCCUCAACCUACAUCACUGGCGAGCUGUCGAUUUUCUUGCAGAGCGCAACCUUUUGUCUUCGUCCCAGUCUUUUUAUCGCAGUCUUGGAUAGGUCUGGUUCGAUGGGAGGGAAGCCGUACGAGCAGGUGUUGACAGCCACGAAGCACAUGUGGAGCAUGGCGCAGCAAGCAGGAAGUGCAGUCAAAUUGGUUUUACUUUCGUAUGUUAAGGCUAGCUGCAGUCGUGCUUCAUAAGCUUAGAAGCAGUGCUUCAUGAACGAUGGCUAAUGGUGUGCUGUAUCCUUAUUCGAAAUUUUUCACCAUUUUUCAUGAUCGUGUUGAUGCUCCUCUACUCCUUAGACGUUCCAUGACAGUUCGUUGUGUAGGGCAUCCAUCCUUAGUGUCAGGAUCCCGGUAGAGUAGUUUUAAUGGCGAAUUUAUCUGCUUCUAAAACUAGUUCGGACUGUAUUGAGUUAACGAGACCUGAAGACUAUCGCAUUGCCGGAGGCACUGACUUUCGACGAGCCUACGAGAAGAUUGGGCAGGUUUUAGAACGAUUCACUUGUAGCGUCGACCCUGAAUUUCGAGACCAACCAAACAAUGUCUCUGCCGUGUCCAUUGCCUUUCUCACAGAUGGCCAGGACAUGAGCCGUGAUAGAAGCCCUGCUGCUUUGUGCCGCGACUUUGAGAUUAUGUCCCUGAAGAAUUGGCGGAACAAGCGGGAAAACGCAGAAGCCAGCAUUUCGGUGCACACCAUUGGGUUUUCCAGUGGGUGUUCGCAGAGUGUGUUAGAAGCAAUGCGAAAGUCUGGGACGAUCGACGGAGUCUUCCGCUACGCCGAGCCAGGUGAUGACGACGACGUUUUGUGCGGAAAAGUAGUGGAAGUUUUCGACACGGCAGCGACUGGGAGUUCGGUUCCCUUGGCAGUGAAGUUGCCACCUGGCUCUUUGGAAUGUUCGCCAACAACGUGUGCGACAAUUUCCUCUACUACAGCCUCGUCUGCUCCAUCUAAUACUGGGAAUGUGGCAACAACAACGUCUGCCACCUCUAGUAAUGCCAUAUUAACAACUGCUGCUACUGCUAGUUCUCACGUGACAAGAGGAUCUUCAUCCUCAUUAUUUGUUCCACCCACACGAAGUUCAAAUACAACGGCCAGCGUCCGCAUGGGAGUAGAUCCCAAGGAGAAGACGGGGAAGGCCCGACUCUGGCUCCGCUUACCACGCGCGGUGAUUGCAGAUGCCGCAUCCCUGAAGAUCGGAAUAUCCACACCGCAUUCAUCACCGAGUUCGUCCUCAAUAAGCGCGAACCAAGAAGUUGGAGGAGGUAAUCGUGAGCACGAGCCAAGUUUCACCCCUGUUCCAAUUCGUGUCGAGCCAAGUUCCUCCGCAACCGCUCGUUCGCGAUCUACUUCUGAGCAAGGGAGAGCCACCACCACUGGCAAUCCAGUGGAUCCAGCAUCAGCUAACGAAGAGGUACAACUUCACGAUCGACUACAUCAAGAACGACAAGAUGUAGAAGAAGAAGAUUGGAGAGCUCGUAGGGUAUGCGCGCUGCGACGAUGGAUCGCCAGUCUGUUAGACGGAAUGGCAUCAGAGUUGAUGGACAUAGUAACUGCCGGAAAGAGCGUCACGAAUGCCAGCAACCAAGUGACACCUUCCGCUACAAUCAUACGCACCAUGCUACAGAAAAAGCAAAUGAUUUCAAAAAGUGGGAAGUUGCGCAUUCUAUACUCUGCUCUAUUUGAAAACAGACUGAGGGUCUUGCAAAGGGAGGUGGACUUUCUGCGCAAGUGCGGUCGUAGUUUGACUUCAUCGGCAAGCAGUCUUCUGGCGGGGCAAGACGAUGAUGGAGGAGAGGACGACAUUGAGGGUCGCGGUGCCCCGACGACCACCAUAGCUCUGGAUGGGUACUCGGAGGCAGUCGACGUUGCGUCACUUGAGAGCGUCUUAGAGCAAUUGAAGAUGCAAAUUCAAGAUUUCAAAAAGGGUGCUUCGGUUAACGCUGGCAAAUUGGGAGACUUGCGGUUUGCUAGUAAGUUUGCUGGAAAAACUGCGAAAGCUGCUACCGAAACAACAGGAAUCAAAAUCACAACAACAACGGCAGUUGUGCCCGAAAACACGUCCAGUUACGGCUCAAAGUAUGACUCGUCCUCAGUUUCCUUCUUGGGAAUCUGAAGAAAUGAACUGCAGACGUGAAUAAAAAUUGUUUUGCGCUCGUCUAAUCCAGAUUUCAACAACUGCCGGUUGCGCCCACGCGAGAGUACGGGCUGGGGCGGUAUAAUCGUGCGGUUCCAGGUACAGGACUGGGAAGAAAUGACGUGAUGGACGCGAUUGCUGGACAUGCCUUAUAUCGUUCAGCCCCAGAAAGUUUGAAAAAGAUUUUGGAUCCAGUCACGGACUCCGCCAAGCUGUUAGAACUGAUUGCGACCCCCGAUGCGAACGGUAACCACGCAUUGCAUCUCGCUUGCUACUGUUAAGACCAGACACGACUUACUAUCUGGUGUGAGGUACCCUGAUCGACGUUCCACUUGUGAUUGAAAGGGGAAAUCAAGGGAAAAGAAAGCACAGAUAGGCACAGUGUCUAGCUUUAAUGCUGCGGCCAUAAGAUGGUUGUCGUUUACCUGUUGGAGAAAUUGGGACAAGUCGUCAAAGCGCCAGCUGUGAUCGGCAACUUGAUCAAUCGAACAAACGUCGCAGGAGAGAACUGCGUUACUCUCGCGAUCAAAGCGAGGGGCUUCACAGAAACUCUAGCCGUUCUGCUAGACGCUGGCGGUUUCAUUCCGAGAAAUAGACGCCGAGCUUUAGAGGAGUUUUGUGUCUGGAAUGAUUUCAGGCGAACGGCAGAAAUGAUUCGCCAGUGCGGGGAAGGGGAAGGAAUCGAUGACCCGGCUUCGUACUACGUCGAUGAAAAAACCGACACGGCCUACCUUCAACUACUAUUCAAGCGAGCAGUGAAAAGGUCGGCAGAGCUUUGGCGGGAAGCGAAAAAAGGAAAUGCUUAUGUGAGAACUGAAGAGGUAGAUGCAUCUUUACCAGCAAGAGAUGCUGUUGAUGACGUCGAAGAGUCGCUUAGCGUUCAACAGCGUUUCGUGGCGAGCCUUCCGAUGGACUGGGUGUCGAUUCUUGAUAUCGCUCUACACCGCAAACAGUGGGGCAUGCUGUCAGUGCUGCUUGAGGGAAAACCGCCUUCGAAAGUUCUCCCGUCCCCAGGUGAGGGAGAAGGACAAGUAAACGAUCCUGUUGAUGCUGAGCAAGACGAGGAGGAGGAAGAUCAAGAUCUGGAAUGGCUGACUACAGGCGUUAACGGAAUUUUUGAUUCUACACCUCUAGAGAAGAUGGCGGAAAUGGUCAUGACGCGUUGCUUCCCUAAAAAGCCGGAUGCACCCGAUGAAGAUCAGUACUUGCGAUUAUUGAAGGUCAUGCUGAACCGCUUCCGGGAGGGGCAGGUUUCACAAGUGGGCGAAACGAGAACAUUACUGGACAUGAAACUGUAUCCGAUCAACCCGUUAGAGUGGGAGCCGUUGUUGCAUGUGGCGACGAAAGCCGGUAGUUCGUCGCACGUUCUAUACCUUCUGGACGAAGAGCAGGCGGAUAUAGAGGGCGUCAACUGGAAGGGCACGACCUGCUUGGGUGUUUCCGCCUUUCUCGGGUAUCCCUGUAUCGUCGCAGAUCUGAUAGCCAGGGGCGCGAACAUCCACCACCGCAACAACAACAAUCAUACGCCCUUACGUGCCUGUUGCUUCAAAGGGUCUACUACGGGAAAGGGCGGUACGGGCCGCGCAGAAGGAUCGCACCGCAGAGAUCGAACGGGCGCGGGCGGUCUGAAAUGCGCUGAGGAACUGAUUGCGAAUGGAGCCGACAUUUACGGGUCUUCCUCUGAAGACAUGGAUGAGACGAGCGUUGUCACUGCUUGCCGGAAUGGCAGUGCUCUCGUUCUCGAGUUGUUGUUGAACUACCUGACCCUCGAUUUCGUCCUGACCAAAGCUGCAAUCGACGGUUUUUCAGCUCUGAUGGCUGCUGCGGAGCAGGAUAGAGCCGAGUGCAUCGAGAUUAUCUACGGGACUUACAAAAACGUCUUGGACGAAACGACAGGACGUUCGAUAGUCCUGGAACAAAGAACGGACGACGACAAUCAGAUUAUCGCGAGCGCAACGGCACUCCACAUCGCCUGCUACUACGGACGCAAAAACGCAGUCGAAACACUGGCAAGACUGGGAGCGAACCUGAACAGCCAGGACAUCAACGGGUAUACCCCGCUUCAUAUUGCCGUGAUGCAGGGAAAGCCGGAGAUCGUGCGGAUGCUCCUGGUCGCAGGCGCGGACACGUAUGUAACUGAUAAGAUCGGCAAUAGGGCUUUGGCCUACGCCCGUGGGGAUGUCGACAUCCGCGAAAUCUUCGCAAAUCCCUUGUUACAGCCGUUAAUGCUGCUAGCGCGGCAGCAGAGUACUGCUGCUAAUGGUGCGACAAAUGCAGGAGCAGCAAGUACGAUGAAGAGUUCAGGUCCUACUAGCUCUACCGCUCCUACUCGUAGCGGUACUACAGGUGCCUCCUCAUCUAGUACGAAUACUACUACCUCCACUUCAAGUGGACCUUCAAGAGAUGGCGUUGUAACCUCGACCAAUCUUCAGCAGUUCAAAGAUUUGUACGUGUAUAGCAGUGAGGAGAAAGAGAUUGCGCAUGAGCUGAUUCUACCUCGCUAUUCUGGCAUUCCUUUGAUACUAAGUUCUGCCGAAGCACUGCUCGGACGGUCCCUAGUUUGUCCAGACCUCGGCUCCACACCUCUGAUUCAGGCAGUCCAGUUCGGCAAUAUCGGCUACAUCGAGGCACUGCGUGGUUUGGUUGCUGCGUGUUGUGUUGCUUCUUCAGUAGAAGUGGAAGCUCUGGUGACAUCAAACAGCACUGGUUCUUUAUCUGCUGGUGUGAUUCUACCAUCAUCUGGAAGAUCCAGACAAGAUCCAGGGCUACUCCUGCGUGACGCUUUUUCGCGAGACGCCGAUGCUUGUGGUGUGACAUGUCAAACUUGGGGAAAGUGGGCGAAGAAUCCAAGGAUCGUCGAAGCUUUACAACUGCGAGUCGUGCAAAUGCCAGUGGAAGUUGACAGAAGUACGGCUGUUGCAGAGGAAUUACAAGAGGAAGAUGCUAGGACCGAGGUUCAACUGCGACGACUAGAGGAUGCAAGAAAGGCUGAUCCUCGCGUAGCCGCUCAGGUCUUAUUCCUAGGACCGCCGCCUCCGCUGAUUACAGAUCCGAAGACUCUCUUUGAUUGCGGUUUCUUAUGAUGAAGGGACUUUUGUUCUUGCUGGUUUCGCGAAGAUUUUCAUUGUACUACUUACUAGCCCUACAACUGGUACUACUUACGUUGUCGGCACCAGUCCCAAAACCAAUUCCGAAGCACGAAGAGAAAGACCUUGGAGUGAGGACAUUGAGGAUUAUUUUGACUUUGUUUUACACCCGUACUCCUUUCACCUGUUUUUAUUUCUUUGUGGUAUUCGUAUUCCCUCUGCCUCUUUCAUACCCUCUGCAAAUCCUAGAAAAUACGGAGAAGAUGUCCGAUAUCGACCGCAAUCGGGUUGAGCAUGACGUCUUGGCCCUCGCGCAGUUGGAGGCGUUGAAUGCCAGACUGAGCAGCUUUAAUGAGAGGAGUGAACAGGUGGUCAAUGCCCCGACUAUACUCGCUAUUGGAGAAGAUGAGGGCACCUCAAGCGCAAGUUCGACUGGAGUGGUUAAUUAAGGCCGGGCUUCUGGUGUUUCUGUUACCGUUAUAGUCUUGCUUCUCUCAGAGAAGGGCAUAUUUAACGGUCCAAACGAACACCAAAGCCCUACCCCUAAGUCAAGAAGCUGGAGAAGUCUCUUGGUCUCGUUCCAGAAUUGAAAGCGCUAUGUGGAGUCGACGAGGGCACCGGGUCUACUGCGGCUUCGAAUCAGAACAAGCAGCUUCAAGUGUUAUUUACCGACACACGGGAUCAGAUAUUUGAUGCGUUAGCGAAGACCCGUGCAAUCUGGCAUGCAAAAGCCUAUACGAUUCGCCGAGUGGCAUCCGGAACAUGCGACUCUCUUGUACUGCUGAGUGAAUCCGUCAACAAGACUGUAGAUGAUAGAAAUAUGAAAAGUGGACAAGAACAAGGAGAACGUGAUCAAGUAGGUGCACAAGCUGGAACUAGGACUACAACUUCCCCAACUUCUACUACACCAAGAACGAUGAGAAGAGUCACGCUUACCCCUCUCGAAAUAAUGGCGGUCUGUUUGUACACGGCUAAUUCGAAACUCAGCGAGAGCUUGAACAACAGCCUGGUAACUGCCGCGAUGACACAAGAUGCUAGACCUAAUACGACAACAUCAAGUUCGACACUCGUGACUUCUUCUUCAUCAAGUACUCCUCCAACAACGACGCCAGUUUCUAUGACGCCGAACCUGAAGAACUUUGCGGCUGUGUUGUACAAAGUCCUGGAAUACAAGCUUCCUGCAUAUGCCGGCGCCGAGUGCUUCCUUGCGUCAUCGACGAUCGACCGGAAACUGUACCAGAAGGGAACGCGUUUCACUUGGCCUCGUUUCGUUUCCACUACCGCGCUUUGGACUGUGGCUCUCGAUAAUGUGCCCAGCUUUGCUAGCAAGACUAGGAAGGGGACUGUGUUUCUGAUUAAGACGAAGAGAGGAGGACACUGCGUACAGGAACACAUGUUGAUGUUAAGACGAGAAACGACGAUAAAUUGCACAUGAUACAUAUUAGUAAGUACAAUCAUAGGGCUCUGCGUACUUGUGAUAAUUUCUUUCCAUUGAGAACUCCGAGAAGAAGGAGAAGCUGCCCAUACUACUUACUUAGAAGGAACUAGUGAAGUAUCAUCUUUAGCUCUUGUUGCUCUAAGAGAAGACCAGACUACCCCGACCAAAGCUCGCUCCGUGCAGUCUUUUUCGGAGUUUUCUGGUGACGCGGAGGUAAUUUUCUUGCCGAAUGCGGAGUUUUUGGUCACUAAUUGGUACCAUGGCGAUCCGAUUGCUUUGGGACAACCUAACAUCAGAGGCGAAACCUUCCUUAUCAAGCACGUCGAUGGCGAAAGACAGAACUUAUCGGAAAUGCUCGAGUCCGACAAGAGUCUCAUCAUCGAAUUAACGGAGGUCUAGGUGAUUGUUGACGCUGAGGCUUCUCUGAUCUAGAUCUAUGAAUGUAUAGAAUUUUGAAACUUCGAGUCGCCCACGACCAGUAAUGCUUGAUGGAUUAUCCAUCGUAGAGGCUUUUGUGACGUUCUUUCUUGUUUUCUUUUGAAUGUCGACGUAGAGCCUUCAUAUGAUUUGAAAUUGUAGUGCUGAAUAGAUUCCUAUGAAGAUCAUGACUGUGAUUACAUUAGUGAGGAAAUUGACAGUUGAUUUGGUUCUCUUCGUCUGUCAGUUUGGUUUGCGAAGCAAAAAUCUACGUAUCUUCCUUCCUUCCAUAAUUUUUCACCUCUCGCAUGCUCUGAGGCAGCGACUCGCAUGGUUACUUGUGAACACUUGGUUUGAGCUGUUGAGCAUGCGAAUAUGGUAAAAAUUUCGCACACAUAAGAAACUUUACGCAUACUGGUUGGAACUGGAAGGGUCUUCACAAACACGUACAUUAUAACUAAACAUCAGUCGACAUACUAAAGCGAAAGAGGAUGCAAGCCGAAAUUGAAAACAAAAAAGAU